AUGGACAACACCACCGUCGAGCUCAAUGAGCUGUUUGGCUCGCCAAACGCUGCCCUCCCGCAGGAUGUCCUCCUCGAAUUGCAGUCGCUCCUCCGCUUGCACUCCAUCUCCCCCCAGGAGCUCUUCUACAAAUGGGAGUCGUACAGCAUAAAAAUGGGCCCCGAUACCACCCUGACUCUCAAAACCGCACGCGACUUCAAGAAAGACAUUCAAGAUACUCUGGAACGCGAGAAUCGGGCAAAAGCCGCCCAUGGAAGAUCGGACAGGAGAACUGUUGCUCCCGCCCGCGCCGGCGCAGGCAAUGCCGACGUAUUCGGAGUGCUCGAUGGCAUGGUCCCGAGCACCCCUCAUGGUGCUUCACGCACCCAGGUCAACGGCAGCGCAGCGAAGAGAAAGUCGACAUUUGACACCCCAUCGGCGAAAGCCACCAAGAGCGCCAUGCAGGACUCCCCAAAAACCCCACAUACAGCAAAUGGCGUUGGUGCAGCAGCAACCUCGUUCGCGGACCGCCCGAAAGCAGGCCAGAUCAUGGAAACGUUGAACGCCCAAAUUCCGCUGCCCGAGCCUCCUACUGAGUCGCCUGCGGAGCCUCGUGUCAAACUCAAGGCAAAUACAGAGCUUGCUAAAUUCGGAUACAAGACGAUGGCCAUGAAACUUUCCGAGGCAUCGGAGAUUCUGGAUGAUCGCAUUGACGAGUUUCUGCAAAUCGUUCAGGAACACCACAACUUGGACGAUAGCGCUUUCGGUAACCCGGCUGGCCAAAGCACAAAUGACAUUAUUGCUGUUGGCCGGAUUGCAUCCGACAGCAGUGAGGGCAAGCUGAAUGCUGCCUCUCUCGUACUAGAGACGUCAAGGCGAACAGGAGCAGGACUAAGAGUCCCCUUACAAGCAGACAAGCUGCCGAACUACAGCUUCUUUCCUGGCCAGAUUGUUGCAGUACGAGGUAGUAAUCCAGCAGGCUCGUUCUUCACGGCAAAAGAGCUUCUCGAAAUCCCGCUGUUGGGGCCUGCUGCCUCUACCGCUGCUGAGCUCGAUCUAGCCAACGGCCGUCUCGCCUCCACAGGGGACAUGGAUAUCGAUGGAUCCGAGACCGAAACAAGGCCGUUGGGUAUUAUGGUCGCAUCUGGUCCCUACACACCAGGCCAUGUCCUCGACUUUGCAGCUUUCCAUGCGCUUAUGGAGACAGCGCUCGAGUCCCGUCCAGACGUCCUCGUCCUUAGCGGCCCUUUCCUCGACAUCGAGCAUCCUUCGGUCGUCAAUGGUGAUUUUGAAAUUCCCGACAACGCCAUUCCCAACCCUGAUAAAGCCACGCUCAAAGAUGUCUUCCGCUACCACAUCUCGCGGCCGAUCAAUCAGCUCGCCGCUCAACACCCUAGCAUCACCAUUAUUAUCCAGCUCUCCGUCCGUGACGCCAUCGCCAAGCAUGUUUCCUUCCCGCAAGACCGCGUCAAACGCCAGGAGUUGAGUCUACCGCGGCAAGCUACCAUCGUGACCAACCCCGUCACCAUUAGCAUCAACGAGAUGGUCGUCGGCAUCACCAGUCUGGACAUCCUCGACAUGCUGCGUCGCGAAGAGUGCGUCAGCGAGAAGGCGAAAAUGACCAACGCCAUGGUCCGCUGGGGCACAAACAUCAUCUCUCAGCGCUCCUUCUUGCCCGUCUUCCCGCCCACGCCACGGGAGGCUUACCCCAAAAUUGAUGCGGAUAGGGAUGGUGCGGCGGCUGGUCAGGGAGAGGGUGACGAUGACAAGGUGGAUUUGCUGCCCGUUGGAGCGAUGCUAGAUACAAGCUAUUUGAAGCUGGCGGAGUGGUUGAAUGUGCGGCCGGAUGUGCUGAUUACGCCUUCGGCCUUGACGCCGUUUGCCAAGGUCAUUAACUCCGUUCUUGUGCUCAACCCUGGCACGUUGAGCAAAAAGCGCGGCCCAGGGACUUUCGCGCGGAUGACGGUCCUGCCAGCUACAAUCACCGAUGAGGAGAGAGAGCGCAAUGAUAUUGUCCCGCACAAUUUGUUUGAGCGGUCGAGAGUGGAUAUCGUGCAUGUUUAG